AUGGAUCUGGCUUCAUCUGACAGGAAUCGAUCGCGUUCGCAGGCGCGUGUGGAUGAGGACGAAGAAGAUGGAUGGAUCAGACCAGGAGCAGCAGCUCCGCCACCUCAACAGGCUCAUUCCAACAUUGGGUAUGGCUUGGGAGAGUUGGCUCUGCUGGUAAGGUCCGAUUCUUAUUGGGAAGUGUCUAACUUGACCCCCCCCCCCUGAACUUUUGAUGAAACUUCGGUUAAAGUUACUUUAGGACCUCUUGAUUGCAAAAACAAUAAAAAAACAUUUUUUUCGCAAUAGAUCUGGUUUUCGAAUUACGAAGCUUCGAAGUAUGCAAAAUUCGCAAAUAAUGACAAAAAAAGCGUUUUUUUCAAGAUUUUUGUAAAAAAAUUGAAUCGAAAACAAAAUCUAUUCUGUACUUAGGGGACCUUUAAGUAAGCUUCCACAAAGUUUCAUCAAAUUUUUCAAUCAAGGGGGGUAAAAACGUUCCCUAGUGAAAAAAAAUCUGAAUGCGGUCCAAAAAGUUCAAAAAUGAGUCCCAGAAGAGAAAACUUUUUUUAUACUUGGUUCUAUGUUAAAGAAAAACUUUUAAAAAAAUUGUCCAAAAAUAAAAUUUCGCGCAGGUAUAAAGAUUCUACAGUGUGACUUUCAGAGAAUGUUCAGAAAAUUAAAAAACUUCAAUUUUGAGAAAAUCUUCCCUUAAAUGGAAUGGUGAAGACAAAAUCAUAGAGUAUCAAGAAAAAAAAAACAAAAAAAACAUAAAAUAUUAUCGGAGGUAAUCGAAAAAAGACCAAGUCUUUUCUCACAAAUGAAGAAAAAAAAAAUGAUUAGGAGGUAUAGUGGGGACAAUAUUUUGACGUGUUGAAGGAGCAACAAAGCGACAGGAGGGGCGGGGGAAGGCGGCCAUCCGUCAAAAUCCACCCAGCAGACACGCUCUCUGUGCUGGUGCGACCGUGGCAACAGGCCCAAGCGCCGGGGUUUGAGGUCAAACUUUUUUGGGAAAGGGGGAAGUUUCGCAAAGUCACACCUUGAUACUUUGAAUGAUAUGAGAAAGGAUAUCAGUUGGAAUUGGGGCUUGGGAACUUUCAAACUUUCACAGAGCAACACCUUGAAGUUACUAAAGAGCUUGAUUGUAUUGAGAAAGAAUAUCAGUUCACUUCAGGCUUGGGAAACUCCAAAUUUUCGCAAAGUGGCACCUUCAGGUCCCAAUAGAGCCUAAAUGGCCUGAGAAAGAAGAGAUCAAGCCAUUUUUAGCUGGGUAGUUUACAUGUUUUCACAGAGGACACCUUCAAGUUACCAGAUUGUUUAAAAAAAAACAGAUGAACUCUUUUCAAGCUUGAAAUUUUUUUAAAACUGGUCGAAAAUUUUUGUUCGAAACGUCCCAGGCGCGAAGAUAUAGUACGACAAAUUAGAUUAAAAAAAUUGUAAGUUUUUCUCAAAAUCGGCUAUAAAAAUCUGUGACAAACCAAAUAAAGUCUCAAGAUUCCCAACUUCCAAAACGGCGGUGCCAAACUCGAAAAAAAAAAUCAAAAAUUCCGGUUGAAUGAAACUUUGAGCCUUCAUUUCUCGGAAAAAAGUAAGUUCUGAAAGCAGGCGAUCUAUAAAAAAUGAUCCAGUACAUCAAAGACUUUUUUCCGAGUUCCGUAGAAGUCUACAGUAAUUAAAAAGUCUUCUUUUCUUUUGUUCAAAGAAAAUCAAUAUUGUGUGUAUUUAGAUUUUCUUAUACACCUGAAAAUUGCAUGUCACUAAACAACUCUGAAUCUUCAGCUGGGCAUUGAAAACCUUGGAAAAGACUUGCAGAUUUCGAGAAAAAAGGAAGGAAAACAACCCAAAACCAACGAAGGGAGAUCGCGGAAAAGGGUCGUGAUGAUACGUAUUCAGAGAUAAAGAUAUGAUAACGUUGGUCUGUUUGUUGACGCGUCCCGAGAAGAAAGUUGAGAAUGUCGGAUUCGGCUGGGAAUAAUGGAAUGAGAUGGAAAAUUUGUUGCGUUUCAAAAAAGUUUGAGAGUAAGCUGAAACUUGAUUAUGACGUAUUUUGAAGCUUCCUGACAUUAAAAUAAAGUUUUUUCUUUCUUCAAGUCAAGUUUUAAAGCCUCAAAAUGGGGUCUUUUUGGUUCAAAUUAAGAUUUUUGGACUUUUUAAGACAUAUAAACUAGACAAAAAAAAUAAAAUUCGUAACAAAUUUGGGUUUAAAUAAGAUUUUAGUGCUUCAAAGUACUUAUCAAUCAAGUUGGAUGUGAGCCAAAAGUUUGAAAAUGUUCCAAAUUCAGCUCGGACCCCAGUAACGGAAACUGAGCGUGCUCCGGAAGAUUCUGAGCAACUCUAGGGGUCACUUAAGAAUGCUGACGUCACUAAAGUGGUCACUAGAAAUGAGUUACAUUUUCUAAUUUGCUCCAAACGCUCCUGAGCAGCUCUAGAGAUAACUUAAGAGCUCUGACGUUACUAAAGUGGUCACUAGAAAUGAGUUACAUUUUCUAAUUUGCUCCAAACGCUCCUGAGCAGCUCUAGAGAUAACUUAAGAGCUCUGACGUUACUAAAGUGGUCACUAGAAAUGAGUUACAUGUUCUAAUUUGCUCCAGACGCUCCCGAGCAGCUCUAGAGAUCACUUAAGAGCUCUGACGUUACUAAAGUGGUCACUAGAAAUGAGUUACAUGUUCUAAUUUGCUCCAGACGCUCCCGAGCAGCUCUAGAGAUCACUUAAGAGCUCUGACGCCACUAAAGUGGUCACUAGGAACUUCCGAUUUGCGUUACCAAGGUCCGAGAGUGAUAAAGAAUGAAAUAAAUCGAACAAGUAGACCGCUGGAGAAACUAUGAAGAAAAUAAUGUCCAUUUCUUGAAAAAAGGAUAAGAGGAAUGAAGAGUUACUACUGUAUCAGAAGAAAGAAAAACUGAUCCAUAAAUUUUCUCACAAAAAAAAACGAGUGAAAUGAAGAAAAGAAAGUAGAGGAUCAACUAUAAAAGUGAAGAAAAGAGUCCAAUUUCUCAGAAAUAAAGAAAAGAAGAAGAAGACAGAGCUGCCAACUGGAGCCCAAACAGAAGAACUGAGCCCAAGUCGGGUCGGUUCGACUCAAAAGAGCCAGGUGUGAUGAAGGUGUUUUCGGGGCGGGGGGACCUCUUAAUCAUGUCUAUGACAGCCUUAUAUGGUAGAAACCAUUUGAUCAGGCCGAUGGCAAGUUGUCGCCGCCUUUUGAACUCGGCCAACUGUUUUGGCCCGACUUAAUCCUCAAUGAUACCGGGUACCGCGGAAGAGGCUUUUGA